AGUCGGGCAUCGCAUUCACAUCAAACCACGGUGUAGCAUUCGGAUUUUUAGACUCCCGUCCAACCCUAGAGGACUCAUUAAAUUGUCAAGAUGUUAUUCUUCAGUUUCUUCAAGACGCUCAUCGACCACGAGGUUACGGUCGAGCUCAAGAACGACAUCCAGAUCCGAGGCACGCUGAAAAGCGUCGACCAGUACCUCAAUAUCAAGCUGGAUGAUAUACAGGUUGUCGAGGAGAUCAAGUACCCGCAUCUGAGCUCCGUUAAGAACGUCUUCAUCCGGGGCUCGGUCGUGCGCUACGUCCAUCUCCCUGCCGCAGCCGUAGACGUCCCGCUUCUAGAGGACGCGACGAGAAGAGAAGCCGCGCAGCAAGCCGGUAAGGGGAAAUGAGCAGAUACCGUCCAGGGCAUCUAGGACUACCUACCUAGUCGGGAAGAAGGGACGGUAAUAAUGCGUGUUAAUUAGCAGCAAGAACCCCGCUGUCGAUAUCAACAGGCGGGACCGAAGGCGUAUUAUUUGACAUUACAUACAUACGUACCUAGGUAUGUAGCACAGAAGACGCAGGGGAAUGGAAUAAACAGGUACUACUGUUUCGCUGGUUCCAGCAUGAAGGAGGAAAAAAAACCGGAACCAGGUAACUAGGCCGUUAGGAGACCUGGAAAAGGAAGAAAUAAUUAGUGUCGUUAUGAUACCACGGAUAGGGAUGAAGAUAUUAUAAAUAUGUGGCUAUUAAUUAUAAUCCUCCAAUUCCGCCUCGCGAUCCCAGCUUAGUCAGUCCCCUGAAGUGCUCAAGAGUAACGAUAUUCGGGCACCGACUACCUAACCUAACCUAAUCUAACCUACAAUUAGCUUAUA